AUGAAAUCAUCACUAAUUUUACUCUCCUUUUCUUUGGCUGCUCUUACUGUGUCCGCUGGGGAAGCAAGCGACCCUGAUGUCAUAACAUCAAAAGCUAGUGACAUCGAGUUUGUUGGGGAACAGUAUAGACAAUUACCCUUCCCAAGAUGGUUAACAGAAUUCACUGGAAUGACAAGAUGGCCAGAUUUAGACCCACCCUAUAUUCCCUUAGAUUUUAUUGAUAUGGAUAAAAUUCCGGAUUUCAAACCUUAUCGUCAAGGUCUUUGUGGUGUAAAUCCAAGAGAUGCAUGCUCAUUCGAUUGUGAUAAUUGCAUUGCUCAUGAUGAUGUUUAUACAUGUCCAAAGCUUUCUCAAACAUUCGACGACGGUCCUUCACCUGCAACAUUAAGAUUAUUAAAUAAAUUGAAACAUAAUACAACUUUUUUCGCUUUGGGAAUAAAUACGGUAAACCACCCCGAUAUUUAUAGGAAAACUAUGGAAGCUGGUCAUUUAAUGGGGUCACAUACAUGGUCUCAUGCAUAUUUACCAAGUUUAUCAAAUGAACAAAUUAUUGCUCAAAUUCAAUGGUCCAUAUGGGCAAUGAAUGCAACAGGACAUCAUUUCCCCAAAUGGUUUCGACCACCUUAUGGCGGAAUAGAUAACAGAGUUAGAGCUAUUACAAGACAAUUCGGAUUACAAGCUGCAUUGUGGAAUCAUGAUACUUUCGAUUGGAAACUAGUAUCAAAUGAUCCUAUCAGGACUGAGGAGCAAAUCUAUGAAGAGGUGAGAAAAUGGAAAAGUCAAGGAGGGGGAUUAAUCUUGGAACACGAUGGUUCACAUAGACCUGUGGAUGUUGCAUUGAAUGUAAUCGAUAUUUUAGGACCUGAUCAAAUGACAGUUGCCCAAUGUGUUAAUGGUCCUGAUUAUAUACGUAAUUUUUGA